CUGAUCUACGCCGGAGGAGCAGAUCCAACUCAAUUUGGCGCUGAUGUACAUGGGCGCCUUCCACGUCACGGCGAGAGAUCCGAUCUUCUAUGCCCACCACUCCAACGGCGACCGCCUGUGGGAUUGUGGAGCGCGACCCACAAGGGUUUUGACGACCCGGCGUUCCUGAAUUCCUACACCUACUUCUAUGACGAGACGCUCCGGCUGGUUCGGAUCCGAUUCAGCGACGUGGUGGAGAUGGACAAGCUCCGGUACCGGUGCGAGGUGAUCGAAAACGCCUAG